GGCGCAGGCGCAGUCGCACGCCAGGAGGCAGGUGGGGGGGUACAGCACGGCUAGACCUCCGCGGGUCGCCUGAGGACUUGGGUUGGUCAGGACUCGAAGCGGGCGCGGCAGCUCGACCUCCCCGUGUGACGCUCGGGCUCUUGCCUUAACCCACGUUUCUCUGGGGCGCUGAUUUUGGUUUCCUCGUGCGGUGUGCCCGGCGCCGCCGCCGCGAGGUACAAAGAACAGUGCUUAUCAUACAACUGGAAAGAAAGGCAAAGAAAAAGCUUUUAUAUUAGAUUGGGCACCUGAACAGAAACUGCAGUUUUGAUAUGAAGAUGGGAAGAGGAAGAACAAGCCGGAUCAGAAGACGGAAAGUCUUCAGAAGUUCUGUAUCAAGAGGAGUGAAUGAGAGCUACAAGCCUGAAUUUAUAGAGCUUAAGAAGUGGCUGAAAGAUAGAAAGUUUGAAGAUACAAACUUAAUACCUGCUUGUUUUCCAGGUACAGGAAGAGGGCUGAUGAGCAAAACAUCCUUGCAGGAGGGACAGGUGAUUAUUUCGUUGCCUGAGAGUUGCCUGCUCACCACGGACACAGUGAUUAGAAGCUACUUAGGGGCGUACAUCGCUAAAUGGCGGCCUCCUCCGUCUCCUCUGCUGGCUCUGUGUACCUUUCUGGUUUCAGAAAAGCAUGCUGGGGACCAGUCCGUCUGGAAACCUUACCUAGAGAUUUUACCAAAGGCCUACACCUGCCCCGUUUGCUUGGAGCCAGAAGUGGUGAAUCUUUUUCCCAAACCCUUGAGAGCAAAGGCCGAAGAGCAGAGAGCCCGUGUGCGAGAGUUCUUUUCUUCCUCCAGAGGCUUUUUCUCUUCCCUGCAGCCUCUGUUUUCCGAGGCCGUCGGGAGCAUCUUUAGCUACCGUGCCCUCCUGUGGGCCUGGUGUACGGUCAACACCAGGGCCGUGUAUGUGAAGCCCAGGCGGAGGCGCUGCUUUUCCGCGGAGCCAGACACCUGUGCGCUCGCCCCGUACCUGGAUCUGCUGAACCACAGCCCCCGUGUGCAGGUAGAAGCAGCAUUUAAUGAGGAAACUCGCUGUUAUGAAAUUAGAACAGCUUCAAGCUGUAGGAAACAUGAAGAGGUGUUCAUCUGCUAUGGCCCUCAUGAUAAUCAGCGACUGCUCCUGGAGUAUGGAUUCGUUUCCAUCCAUAAUCCUCACGCUUGUGUUUAUGUCUCAGAAGAUAUACUUGUUAAAUAUCUUCCAUCAACAGAUAAACAGAUGAACAAGAAGAUUUCCAUUUUAAAGGAUCAUGACUUUAUAGAAAAUUUGACAUUUGGAUGGGACGGACCAUCUUGGAGGUUACUCACAGCGCUUAAGUUGUUAUGUCUGGAAGCUGAAGAAUUUACAUGCUGGAAAAAAAUACUUCUUGGAGAAAUCAUUUCAGAUACAAAUGAGAAGAGAAGUUUGGACAUAGCCCAGAAAAUAUGCCAUUAUUUCAUAGAGGAGACCAAUGCAGUGCUUCAAAAGGUUUCUCAUAUGAAAGAUGAAGAAGUGGCUUCGGUAAACCAACUAACUUUGGUAGAAACAUUGUGGACAGAAGAGCUAAAGAUUCUGCAGGCCUCUGCUCUGAUUCUAAACAGUUUGCAAACACCUUUUAGAUCCAGAAAGUCAUUUGUGAAUUAAAGGGAAUGGAACAUUAAGAGGGAACAAGUAGGCCUGAAGCAUUUUUCUAUAAGCCUGCCAGUGUGCCACACACAACCUCCCCAUGUGCCAUGUACAACCUCCCUGUGUGCCACGUACAACCUCCCCGUGUGCCACAUUCUUCAGUGCCAUGUGCUCUCUCUGGGGCUGUUAUGUUUCACCUUUCAGAGGGCAGCUCCCUCUCUUUGUUCUGUUACAACCUUUCCUUGAGGGGAUAUUUCAUUUACUUUCCUUCUAUAAACUAUUCCGUAGUUUUAACAUUAGGCUGCGAGUACAUUUGUAAAAACUCACAAAAACAUAGUAGAAUUUAAUAAAAAUGCAAGGUUACCAUUCACACCCACUGGGACACCUGUAAUAAAAAAGAUAACGUGUUAAGGAUGCGGGGAAAUCGGAACCCUGUGGCACUGCUGAUGGAAAGUAAGACGGUGUGGCUGCUUGGAAACCCAGUCUGGCAGUUCCUAAAAGUUUUAGCACAGAGUCUUUCUGACUUAGCAACUCCCCUCUCUCCCAAGAACUAAAAACACAUGUCCACACAAAAGCGUGAACAUGAAUGUUCAUAGCACUUGUAUAGCAGUGUUUGUCACAGCAUUAUUCAUAACAGCUCCAACCCAAAUGUUUAUCCGCAGAUGAAUGGAUACAUAAAAUGAGAUUUUGCCAUAAAAUGAAAUAUCGUUCAGGCACAGAAGGGAACAAAGUACAUACAUGCUGCAACGUGGAUGAGACUUAAAACAUGGUAAAUGAAAGAACCCCGUCACAAAAGACCACAUAUAAUUGUAUUUGUAUGAGGGGUGCCUGGGUGGCUC